GAAGGUUGUACCCUCCCUACGUUCCCAGGAAGACCUGUGCUAGCUCCCACCGCCAGGCGCACAGAUGCUGACCACAAGUCUCUCAUCAGCCAAGGAUCAGGAUCACUCCAGCUGAACCUCCACAUCUCAUCAGGCUCAAAGCAGGACAUAAAGAGACAACAUCAAGUGGUGUUCCGUAAAGAUCUUCUUGCCAUGUUUAAUACCUCAACCAUUAACAGAGAAGAGCUCCAGUGUCUUGGGUAAACAGUGACUGAGGACCCUCAGAGUUGAACCAAGAGUCAGAUAUGGGAAAAGUCUACAAUAUCAGUAAAAAUGUGGGCCUUGGACUUCUGGUACUCGGAGUCAGCGCCGCGGUUACAAUAAUUGGUUUAUCUAUUGCUUAUGAUAAGCAAAGGGCCAAGACUCAAGGUAAGCCUGGAGAUGAAGCUGAUACGGGUAGCACAUCUAUACCGCCGACGACCCCCUUCACCCCAAGGGAACCCUGGGAUUACUACAGACUUCCAGACUCUCUUGUCCCUCUGACCUACAAUGUGACUCUAUGGCCCAGACUGAAGCCCAACGCAGACAACAUGUACAUCUUCACUGGACAUUCUUCUGUGGUCUUUAGGUGUAAGAAAGAAACAGAUCUCAUACUUAUCCAUGCCAACAAGCUGAACUUCACCAUGUACGGUGGCAACCAUGCGAAGCUGAGUGGCCAGGGUGAAGCUGCCGCGCCUGCCAUACGGAGCACUUGGCUUGUGGUGAGGACGCAGUAUCUUGUUGUUCAGCUGAGCAGCAAACUAGCCGUGGGAAAAUCCUAUGAGCUUUACACAGAAUUUAGAGGGGAGCUGGCAGAUGACCUGGAGGGUUUCUACAGGAGUGAGUACAUGGAUGACGGUGUAAAGAAAGUUGUCGCCACCUCUCAGAUGCAAGCAACGUAUGCCAGAAAAGCGUUUCCCUGCUUUGAUGAACCAGCCAUGAAAGCAAAUUUCAGCGUCACCAUUAUUCAUGAGCGAGGCACCGUUGCUCUCUCCAACGGCAAGGAAAUAGAUUCUUCAGACUCCAUCCGUGAUAAUGUUCAAGUCACAGUUACUGCAUUUGAACCCACUCCGAAAAUGUCCACCUACAUAUUAGCAUUUGUCGUCUGUGAAUUUGGCUACAUUCAGUCAAACGACAGCAAUUUGUUGAUUCGAAUAUGGGCUCGAAAAAAAGCCUUAAAUGAUGGGCAGGGCAAUUAUGCUCUUAAUGUUACAGGACCGAUCCUUCAGUUCUAUGAGAGAUACUACAACGCAACUUACCCGCUCUCUAAAUCAGAUCAGAUCGCUCUUCCUGAUUUCAAUGCUGGAGCCAUGGAAAACUGGGGUCUGGUGACAUACCGGGAAACAGCCCUGCUCUAUGACUCCAACCUUUCCUCCACAGGAAACAAAGAGAGGGUCGCAACUGUCAUCUCUCAUGAGCUCGCUCACAUGUGGUUUGGAAACUUGGUGACUUUGCAGUGGUGGAAUGACCUGUGGCUAAAUGAAGGCUUUGCUUCAUACGUGGAAUACCUUGGAGUUGAUUUCGUUGAACCCACCUGGAACAUCAAAGACUACAUCAUUCUGUACGAUGUUCAGAAAGUGUUUGCCAUAGACGCCCUGGCCUCUUCUCACCCAUUGUCCCGCAAAGAAGAGGAGGUUAAUACGCCUGCCGAGAUUAGUGAGAUGUUCAACACCAUCUCUUACAACAAGGGUGCAGCGGUGCUUAGGAUGCUGUCAGAGUUUCUCAGCGAGCCUGUGUUUGCCAAAGGACUCAGUGUGGGUAACAGCAACACCAAGAAACAUUAUUUCCAUCUUCUUUGUGGUUAGAUAUCCUGCUAAAUU